GUUCAAUGUGAUUGCUGCCUCUUCCGUUGGCCAUGAGACUGGCGCAGCUUUGGUUGGAACAUGAAGGCUCUUGUUCCAGUCGCACUGCCUCUGCUCUUCACCAUUUGCGUUCCUUGCCGGUGUCCUUUCAGGCGGACCCAGGAGUGAACUAUCACCCAAGUGCGGGUGGCUAUUGGGACGAAAACGGUCAGUGGGUAGCGGAGGCAGAGAAAGAAGCGCAGGCUGAUGCGGCCUCGGAGGCUGAGAAUACCCGCCAUGAGAUGGCUAUGGACGAUCCAGCCUCUGUUGUAGAAAUUGCCAGCACGAAGGCUGGGAAGGCCAUCGAACGUGCCGAAAACAAUGCGGCUGAUGCCCAGGUGCUGCACAUGCGUCUUCGCAGCCAGAAGGCAACCAACCUGGUGCGGAGCGUUCGGCAGUCGUUGGGAGACCUCAUGAGGCGGCGUCACACCUCGAAGCUGAAGCAAGAGCUGGCCAAGCUCGAUCAGCACUGGCAGACGUUAAAGCAAUGCGAGUCCAAGAGCUCGGGGAAAUGCCGCGAGUUGACUCGCCAAGCUUUGCAUGGACUUGCUCAUGAUGCUGGCAGUGCAGCGCGGACAGCGGGGCAUUUGACAACCCUUGGACGUGUUGCAAAGAGGAGAACCUUUCCCAUCCUUGACCUCCUGCGCAUGGGCAUUGGUCCAGCCCCGGAUCAAUUGGACGCACUGGAUCCCCCGACUCCUCCAGACUUUGUUCCAGCACCAGGCCCCCCCUAUGGGACUGCUGCAGGCUGUGACUGUGCCCCACACUCGCACUGCGCAGGGCGUGGUCGUGAGUUCCCCUGGUGCAAGGUGAAUCGAACGGAGCCCUGCCCAUUGCUGGCGCAGCCAUCGUUUAUUGAUGCAUCAGGUGCUGAUCACCGUGUUGCGGGAUCUGGCCAACCACCAGCAGUCUGGGAUUACUGCGGCCCACCCAAGCCGAACUCAGAAACUGUCCAUGCCGGCGGGCAUUGCGAAGCAAGACAUGACAUUGUGGCAAAGUACCACGAUGACAAGGAGUUUUGGGACAAGGAUGGCACCUUCAACUGGAAUCGGGUACCGAGGAAGGACCGGAUGACCUUGGAGGCCAUGGUGGCUCCCAUUGAAGGUGAAGGUCUUUGUGUGCGCACUCCAUCCAGUGGUGCCCACCACGUGUGUCCCACUGCACAAGACGAUUUGGACGAAGCAAAUCCAGAGGGAACAGAGUGGUCCCGUACACGCACUUGGGACUUUUGCGUUCCAGUGGCACCGCCUGAUAAGCUCAAGGUAUUGGAAGAGCUUGCCCAAGAGAAGCAGGCUGCGGCUGAGCAGGGAGUUGAAAUUCAGGAGGAGGAGAAGUUUCGGAAGCCCUUUGAGAAGGAUCCAGCCGCAGAAAACAAGGACAUGGCCCUCCAGCAACAGGGACAUGAUCAGCAAGGCUAUGACCAAGGCAAUGGCGCAGGCUAUGACCAAGGAGGCUAUGGCAAUGGCGCAGGUUAUGGCCAAGGAGGCUAUGGCGCAAUGCAACAAGGCAUGGGUCAUUUUGGUGCUUUUAUGGCACAAUGUGAUCCGCCUGCUUCGGAACGAACGCGCAGAUUACAGGAUUUCCUUUGAUCAUUCCAA